AUGGCGGCGGAGGCAACACCCGAGGCCGGUUUCGCGGACGGAGACGGAGACUUUGCCAGAUUCGACGGCCCGUGGGGCCUUGCGGCGACGGAAGACGGGACACUGUUCGUGGCGGACACGAACAAUCACUUGGUAGUCGAAUUUGGCUUUGCCGAGUUCAACUACCCCGCGGAUGUCUCGCUGGGGACCAACGGCACACUGUUCGUGGCCGACCUCCACAGCCUGAGGAGGAUAUCCAUGCCCGAGAACCCGACCACUGUGCUCGGCGUUGGAUUUGACGGGAGGGUGACGACUGCGGCAGGCGGUGCAGAACCUGGAGAGGCAGACGGGACAGGUCCAGAGGCACGAUUUUCGAGGCCAUCUGGUGUAGCGUCCACGGCGGACGGCGCCGCCUACCUCUCGGACGCGGCUUCCUGCCGCCUGCGGCGAGCAGCACCGACGAUCUCCUUCGCCGCCGCUCUGGCCACUUGCAACACCACCCUCACCGAGGCCUUGCGGCCUUCGGGGUGCUCGUCGUACGACCCCCCCCAAGGCGGGGACGGUCUCUCGGCGUCUCCUCUCUCGGGAAAUAUCUGGUACAACCACUGGCGCAACGUGUCCGAAUUUUCCGACGGCGACGGAAGUGGCGGGUCGUCUGGCGGGUCGUCGUCAAUGGCGGCGGCGACGGCGGCCGCGGCCGCCGCUGGCGCCCGCUUCGAUUCCGACGGCCGCGCCGUUCGCCAGUGCGUGGGUUUCCCGCCCCCCUACCGGUUCGACCGAGCCGGCGACGGGCUCAGCGCUCUGGUUGUAGAGGACGGCCUCGUCGGCGCGUUCGAGGACACCGGAGUGGGCACCACGGUGCGGCUCGCAUGCCCCGCCUACUGCCUCGGGGCCGCCUCCGGCGCCGCCGCCGGCGAAGUCCGCGGCUCGCCCGACUUCUACACCGACGACAGCGCAGUCUGCAUGGCCGCCGUCCACGCCGGAGUCUUAACUGCCGACACCCCGGCAUCCCCGCGACCGCCAGCCGCGUCCUCGUCAUCAUCGUGGGGGUCUUCCCCAACUGGCCAGGCCCUAGACCACGUCGUGGUAGUAGCGAGGCUGCUGGCCGGAAACACCUCGGACGCCGCGGUGCCGGGAACGCGCGCGGCGGGAUCCAUCGCCAACGGCGUCUCGGCGGGCGACGCGCCCGGCGACUGGGCGAGGGGGUUCGCGCUGGAGGCCGCGCUCCCCGGCGAGCUCACGGCCCAGACGGUGGCCGGGCGACCCGCGGGGCCCCUCGAGGAAGGCUGCGGGGCGCUCAGCGACGGGCAGCCUCCACAGGAAGCGGUGUUCGGGAGGCCCGGGGGGAUCGACGCCUGGCGGUCGGCAAACAUCACGAAUCGGCGUUUUUUGUACGUCGCAGACGCAGGAAGCCACGCAAUCCGCGCCCUGUCGGCUGUGUGCUCGUUCGUGUGCGAGAACGGAGGGGUGUGUGAGGGCCCUGACCGGUGCAGCUGCCCCACGGGGUGGACGGGAUUGGACUGUUCCCUGCCGUUGUGUUCGGACGGACUAUGCGGCCCUCGGGAGCUGUGUGUGGGCCCAGAAGAGUGCGGCUGCAUCCCGGGCUACACGGGUGCGCCCUCCUGCCUCGACGCCCUCUGCGUCCAGACGUGCGAGAACGGGGGUAGCUGCGGGCUCCCGGACACGUGCAACUGUGCGGAUGGCUGGUUCGGGCCCAACUGCACCGUCCCCGUGUGCGCCCAGACCUGCGGCAACGGUGGGAAUUGCACCGCCCCGGGGGCUUGCGCGUGCCCAGCGGAGUGGUCGGGCGGGGGCGGGGUCGUGGCGGCGGCGGUUGCCGUCGAAGGGGGAGAGGAGGGGGACGAUUGCCGGGUUCCGGUUUGCGACGUGCCGUGCUUGAACGGCGGGUGGUGCGUCGCGCCGGGGACCUGCGCAUGCCCGCCGCAAUGGACCGGUCACGACUGCGCAAUGCCGGUGUGCACGCAGUGCCUGUGUGUCUUCUCUCGCUUGCACUCGGACGGAGCGAAGGGCUACUUCGUGCCAGGGUACAACGUGUCCGGCUUCGAUCCCGAGGGACGGCCGUGGUGGUGGCAGCGGUACGUCCCCUGCGAUGUCGAGGGCUGGUGUAACGCCACCAACGGUUUCGACUGCUCGCAGUCGAGAAGUAACCCGUACGGCAACACCCCGCUGGAUCACAAGCUAACUUUACCAACCGACACCGGCUGCCACGCACCUUUGCUUGCGCGGUUCCACGCACAGCCGAUGAGGUCGUUCGAGGCGGUUCCCGUUGACUGGGGGGCUUACCACAGGUCGGAGACCGGGCGUUCCGAGAACCCGGACCGCUGCAUGAUGAUCGAGCUGGAAAAGGACGUGGUGUCCCCGUUUUCCUACCUCCGGGCGGACAACGGCUCCACCCCGUUCGCCAGGCAAGCUGUUUUGCGGGCCCUUCGGUUUCGAACUCGCCGACCUUUCGUUUGGACGGAGGAUCGCCAGGGAUAUUACGACCCCGAUCAGACUGAAUUCGUUUCCGGCAAUGGAGACGCUAGCGACCUGGACGCGUUCGAGCCAUUCUUUGACCAAGACCGCACCGCCGCCUACCGCCUGUCGUGGCCCUACUCCAACCCCGCCUACACCACGGAGUGGGAGCGGUUCGACAACAAGAGCCACCUCGCCAGGAGCAGCGUCGAGGAGGGCGGAAUCCGGUACCUAGGCCCGUCGGAGUGGUCGGCGGGAGGAGCCGAGCGUGCGUUCACCUAUCAGGGGGGCUACUACUGCUCGGUCCGGGCGAGAACUGAGUUCGAGAACGAACACUUCGUGCUGGAUGCGCCCAACUACUGGUCCCGAUAUAUGGACCCUAAGGUGGAAGAUGACGGCGAAAUGUACACCUUCUGGGAGGACAUGUUGUGGCCCCCGUUGCACAGCAAGAGCGCAAGGUUGGAGUUGAUCGACGACGAGGGGCACUUCUAUGUUUUCACGGACGUCGGCCACAAGCGUGACGGCGUCUGGACGGCGACCGGCGAGUCCUGGCAGAAGGGCGUGUGCAUCAUGCAGUUCAACAGGAGCUGUCCUGCGGGAAAGGCUCAGGCGGUUGACUUGGAAUCCGUGGCCGUCGGGGAGGAGGGCGGAGGUGUCCUCGUUCAGGACACGGACCUGAGUUACAGGCUACGCGUGACGUACACACAAUGGAAGGAGGAAGGAGUGGGCUGGUGGGAGAUGGAAGGCGGCGAAUGCGUUGAUCAGGUCGUGCGGGGGUGCUUCAACAAUGGAACUUGCGUGGCCCCGGAUGUUUGCGAGUGUGCCGAGGGGUGGACAGGUUACGAUUGCUCGGAACCGGAGUGUCCCACCCCCUGCCAGCACCAGGGAAACUGCACGUUACCCGGGGUUUGCACGUGUGCGCCGGGCUGGACCGGGGAGUACUGUGGGGUAGCAAUAUGCGCACAGGAUUGCAACAACGGCGGUACAUGCGUAGCGCCGGACGUCUGCAAGUGCGCCCGGUGGGACAACGCCUUCAGGGACGGUAGGGAGGCCGGCGGGAGGCCGCUGUUCCUCAAGCCUAACGGGGACCCCCAACAGACGGGCUGGACGGGGUAUGACUGCUCCGUGCCGAUAUGUGUGCAGGUGGGGAUGACUACGUUCAGGGAAGUUGUAGGCAGCAUGUGUGUGUGUGUUUUCGUCCUGUUUAUUAUGGCGACAGUCCUCCCAUUUUUCGUGGCUGAAGAAUUCAUCUUAAACGUGGAGGACGACACCUCGAGCGGCUACUCAGCACUCAGCGGGCAUGGGUUUGACGGUACCUUGACCUGCGGGCUCGUGCGAUGCCCAGAGUACGACGGCACGUACGUCACCAACCUCGGCACAAGCUUCCAGUGCACCGGCAGCAUAUCGACAGAAGUCUACACGGACAUCGACGACAUCCCCUUGAGAUUCAUCGCCUCCGACGGCGGCGUCGCUCUUUGCGGGCCGGACCUUAGCCCCCUACCCCCGGCGGUAAACACCGACCCCACUCGAGACGACUGGUGGUACAGCAGCCACAACCUCGAGAGUAACGUCACGUCCGGCAGGUUUUUGUGCGGGCGGCUCGGGUGGACACAGGGCGAUUUCUUCGACGACGCCGGCCUGGGAUCAGGGAGUGGUUUUGGCACCGACUCCGGCCUCGCCUCCGGCAGACACCUGCGCUACAACUACGAUAACUACACCAAGGUGGACGAUGAAACCUGGGUCCAGGGAGCCGUUACACCAGGAGAAGGGGUCUACCGGUGUCACAACGGCGGCAGUUGCCUGGCGCCCGACACGUGCUCAUGUCCCGAUGGGUGGGACGGCUACGACUGCAACACGCCUCUGUGCAGGUACAGAUGA